AUGAUGGACUCGACCGACCGAUCGGAUCAGACCGACCUCGGAGCGUCUCAGAUGGUAAUCCAGCAGUAUGCACGGUACCCAUCCACACUGGAAUCAACACUUCGCAGUGCCUCUUCACUUGGAAGCGCUCGCAGCCAGGCAGAGGCUAACAAAUCACCGUCGCUGCAUCGUAAAGAGACUCCCCGGAGCAUUCAAUCUUCUCCAAGGGGGGUUCCGCUCCGCCUAGCUCGUUCCGGGCCGUCUAUGUCUCCCCCGGUCUUCGAUGCCCUCCGUCAUCAGCAAUUGAAAGACACCGCUGACCAGGCGGAAUCUCGGGCUCUGCCUUCACGUGAGAUUACUGACGAAACGAUUGACGAUGCUUAUGUACUAUUUAUCCUAUAUUGCAAUCCGAGUGUUCCUUCUUCUGUUGAUACCUUGGAGCUUCGACGAACCUUUCGAUGCCCUCCACGCAGUGAUGGCAAAAGCUUCAGUGUUUUCACUCUCUUUGAGCUCAUUCGCAAAUUCGAUAAUAAAGAGCUCAAGACAUGGAUCCAAUUGGCAAUCGAACUGGGUGUGGAGCCACCCUCCAUGGAGAAGAAACAAAGCACGCAGAAGGUCCAGCAGUACGCAGUCCGAUUAAAGCGAUGGAUGCGUGCAAUGCAUGUUGAUGCCUUUUUCGAAUAUUGUCUAAGUCACCAACAUCAGUACUAUACUCAGCUACCUUCCUCGGGGCCAUACGUUGGCGAACCCCGCGAUGGCGUACCACUGGAAGAAGACCUUGCCCUCCGCGCACUCAUCCCUCAAUGGAAGCCUAAAAGGGGCAGGAAAAGAGCAGAGGACAGGGAGCUUGAAGAAGAAAAGACUAUUAAACGGCCCCAGUUAGAUACAUCGGUAGCAGGUCUACAACCUGGAGGCUUUCAGCAGCACUCUGUGACAUUUCCACAGAGCGCCAUACCAUUCAGUGCAUUUCCAAGUGAGGAUCCUUGGAUAACAGCCACCUCGGCAUACCCACAGCCUGGGCAAACAGAGCAGCCUGGACAAGACCUUCGCUGGAGGCUUCCGGAACGGGAAACGUCGCCUGUGGGAUACCCUCAAUCCGCCAUUAUUCCACGAGGAAACCAGCCAUCCGACUCGCUUGUGUCUGUUGAGCCUCGUUCUGCCAUCACACCAUCUACCAGCGAGAAAAGUCGCUCGCGACGCAGACAUGGGCCGGCAGUUUCCUCGGCUUGGACUAACAGCAACGGCUCAUCCAAUGGUAAAAGUCGAGGCAGGCCGCCUAGUAAACCAACAGCAUCUGGUUCAUUUUCCGCAUUUCAUGUCAACGCUGCACGAGACUCUUCGCACAUCUCAACAACCUCUCUCCGCCAAUCCUCUCCCCUUGUGAUUAAACAGAGCUCGUCACAGCCAAUGCCAGGCUCAAGCUUCGACCAAUCACCUACUCCAGCUAAUAAUGGAAGACCAAGCAAGCUUCAAUUGCAGGUUCCUCAGCAUUUUGGUGCCCCAGUACGCCUUGCAACACCGCCAACACUGUUGGUCAAUGGCGUGAACGGAGCAGUCGUACAUGCCAACGAAGUUCACACUUCCGAGUCGGCAGAGAAUGGAUCUAUGAAAAAACAAGAGGACGGCAGUUCUAAAAUAACCGUUGAUGGAAUUACCCAUGUCCUUACAGAUGACCUUAUGCGUGCUCGUCUCAGCGGACGAGCAGACCCCUUGAAGCCUGACGAAGCUCGCGAAUUGGCUUCAGCCAUAGUAGCCAAUGUUUCUUCUACCUACUCUCAGAUGUCAUUUGACUUUCCAACAUUACAUUUAGCAACUCAUCUGGGGGUGGCUCAUCAUUUUGGUUCUUCGGCCCCGCGACCAACUAUGAUGGCUUUGAAUAUCGACACAUCGCCGCGACGUGGAGAUCUCAUCGGCACAUUAUCCAACUCUGGUCAAAAUCCAAUCGGCACAGAAUACAACCUUUCCCUAGAAUACACACCAUCGUUUCAUUUCUCGAUACAUCUUAUACUGGGAGAUCUCCACUUGGGCAACGUGGCACCCGCGGCAUACAACCAAGCAGCCAAUACCGCACAGAGUCAAGAAAAGACCGUUCCCGAAUAUGACUUGGAAGGUCUUGAUCUAGGAGACGACGGUUUCGACCCUUCGGCAUCUGAGGCUACCUGGAAAUCACGUUACAUGAAACUGCGGGCACAGAUGCAAAAGAAAGAGCGUGCUUUGUCGCAUUACAAGCGAAAGAUUGUUGAAUCGGUUAUGGCGGACAUUUGA